AUAUUAUGAGUUGGUAUAUCAUACAUAGCAUUUUGUUCAAUGUUAACAAUUAUUAUAGUUAUUAUUACGACACAGAUAUCUGGUCAGAAUCUUUCUAAUAGAUUCGAUAAAAUUAAUAAGACAUAGAAGAAGAAAGAAACAUUGACAGAAUAAAAAACAUUGAUCACGUUUGAUAAAGUAAAAAAAAAAAAAAAAAAAAAAAGAAAGUACCAAUUUAAUUUUAAUUGUAAAAUAUGUCGACGGAUGAUACGAAUUGUGCAAAACCCACUACAUAUAUUCAACAAGAUAUAUCAUUUGAUGAUAUGGUGACAAGUUAUGUCUGUAAUGUACGUCCAUUAAAAGCUUUGAUUUCUCAAUGGAAUUUCAAAACUCCAGCGUUUUAUUUGAACAGAUACGUAGCAGCGUGCCAAAUAGAUAAUUUCAUAAAUAGGGAAGAAACACCAGAAUAUUUUGAAUGGUCUAUAUGUUACCUACCCAAUGAUUUAAAGGAAGAUGAUGCCUUUGAAGUUCAUUUUACCAUUGAACAUAAUGUUCCUGUAGUAAGAAGGAAUACGAUGAAUACUUUUGUCGAUAUAACUCCAACAAAAUUAGAGCUUUACGAACGUUUAAAAAUGAUGUACUAUGCAAAGCCAUGUACAGACAUUAAAAUAAGUGUCGGUGAUAAGGAAUUUUUAGCACAUAAGUCGAUACUCUUUAGGAGUCCUGUAUUUGCGGCUAUGUUCUCCCACAAAAUGUUAGAAAAUAAUGAAAACCGUAUUGACAUCAAGGAUGUGGAUCCUAAUGUCUUUGAAAUUUUAUUGAAAUUUCUUUAUCUCGGAGAAGUCGAUGAAAUCAAGAUGACUGAAUCUAAGAACAAUUUGAUUUUUGAUCUAAUGGAAGUGGCAAAUAUUUAUCAGAUAGAAGAUUUGAAAAUCAAAUUGGCCGACAUAAUAGAGAGAUAUAUAAACAUUUCCAAUGCUGUAGAUUAUCUCAUUUUAGCCGACAAAUAUAAUGUACCGAGUUUAAAGAAUGUAAUCAUGUUAUUUAUAAAAACGAAUAGUAAAAACAUUAAAGAAACUAAGUCAUUUAAAGAUAUGAUGCAAAAGCAUCAGGGAUUAAUGGCAGAAUUGCUUUGUUAUUUCAUAGAUUAAUAGCCAUGCAUAAUUCAAUAUGUCAUUUAUUUCUUUAAAAUUUAAUUUGACUCCUUUGUAUAUAUUCGUAUAUAAUGUAAAAAUUCAUAACUUAUAUUAAAAAAAUAUUUUUAAAUAUUCUAUAAUAAAAAAUGAAGUAAUAU